GCGCGGCGCUCCUCCACUGGCACCACCUCCACCGCCACCGGGACCGCCGCCACCGGCCGUCGCCAUGGUCCGGGCCGCCCCCCGGCUGCCGCGGCUGCGCUGCUCCUCGCGGAUGCUCCUCGCGGGCAUCAAGGAGUACCUCCAGGAGAGCUCCCUGCACGGGUUGCGGUACCUCGCCGACCCCGGGCGCCACUGGUCCGAAAGGUUGUUCUGGGCCGCCGUUUGCGUGGCGUCGCUCAUCGGCACGUACUUCCUGCUCAUGUCCUCGUGGAACGCCUUCCAGUACCACGCCGUCUCCUUCGUCAGCGAGACCGCCUACCUGGACUGGAACACCACCUUCCCCGCCGUGUCCGUGUGCGAGACCGAGAGUCCGGACAAGCUGUACGAGAGCGCCACCAAGGUGUUCGGCGUGACGCGGAACCGGAACCUGGACUUUUUCCUGAGGGACAUCGUCUUCUUCGACGGGACGUGUCGCUCGUGCAGCACACAGUGUGGCCCGGUCAUGAACUGCACGGACGACUUCCUCAGCAUCAUCGAGAGGGUGCGCUCCAACUGCACUUCUUUAAUCAACAACUGCAGGUGGAAUGGGGAGCUUUUCGACUGCUGCAAGAACUUCCUGCCCUUACAGACGGAGACUGGCCUCUGCUACACCAUCAACUCGUUGCACAACCGCUACUUCCCUAAUGGGUCACGCGUUAACAACCAACUGGUGGAUUUGAUCUCGAACCGGAGGACGGGCCCCGGCACGCUCGAUUUCAUGGCAAAGGAGUCCAUCAAGAUCUUCAUCCAUGCGCCAGAGGAUGUGCCCAACUUCAAUCACCCUCAGGAUGAGAAGGAGUCGCUCUUCUGGGGCCUCAACUUCCACAUGCGCUUUGCGGUGACGGAAAUCGAAAAUGACCCCCAACUACUCGAUGUGUCGGUGGCGCAGCGGAACUGCCGUUUCCCUCACGAGAGCCCCCUGACCCUACACGACAAGUACUCGUACUCGACGUGCAUCGUGGAGUGCCACGCCAGGUACCAGAUGCAGUUCUGCAACUGUACGCAUCACUACAUGCCCAACAUGCACAACCUGACAACGAAAACUUGCGGCGUGGAGGGGCUGGCCUGCCUCAACCUGCACUCGGAGACCCUGCGCAGCCUGAAGACGUCGUGGAGCACCAAGCCCGGCCUAGCGUGCGACUGCGUGUCGAGCUGCACGGAGCCGGAGUACAGCGUGGUGUGGAAGUCGAGCCAGGGGAACGACGCGGAAGGAGACGCCGAACACGAUCAGGGCACCAAGGUGCGCCUCAUGCUGGACUCGCUGCCCACCACCAGGUUCCGGAGGAACGUCGUCCGGACCAGGCUCGACCUCGUGGUGUCCAUGGGCGGCACUGCGGGGCUGUUCCUGGGUGCCUCGCUGCUCACCCUGGUGGAGCUGGUGUACUACGCGUGCCGCACGCCCUCCUUCAAGCUGCUCGAGUCGCAGCAGGGGCGCCAGAGCUCCAGCCAGUCCAAGAAGAGCACGCCGCCCCCGCCCGCGCUCCCAGCGCCACCCUCCGGAGGCAACAACCCCACGGGCCCCGCGGCCGCGGGCGCGUGGCGGCGCCUGCGGCACGACUACGGCGGCUCCCCGAUGGUGCGCCGGGUGCAGCCCGCCCUGCCCGCCGGACCCGUGGCCACCCUCGAGGACGGCGCCGGCUACCACAAGCUGGCGAGCGGCAAUGCAAAGGUUGAGCGCUCUGCUUACAAAAAGAACCUCAGGCAGUACAGCGACGCGUUUGACCUGUACAUGUGAAGGGGGCAUGGGGACCAAGAGUGAAAUACAGCCGUCCACUAGAAUGUACAAAGGACAUUUAUUAUCAAUACCAUCUGAACGAAUGAAUAUUUGAUAUUGAGCCCAACCUAUUAUCACUCAUGAUUAGUGAUAUACUGGAUUAAUGCCCAAGAGGUGGUUAAAUAUAAAUAGACAUAUACAAACAGUUAAAGCUUUAACUCACUGUAAAUUGGUUUAGACUUACGAUU